CGAAGUAAAACCUUAAGACAGCCUAGAUGUUCAAGAACAACAUUUAGUCACUUUUUGUUCUUAUUAACUUUGUCAUAUAUAUCCAAAUUAAAAAGCCAUGAAGUUGGAUGAAGAAUCUUCCCCAAUGCCAUUAAUUCUGAACAAGAUUUCUCCUGGUUUGGAAACACCAAAUUUUGGGGUAGGAAUAGGAUCCAAGGCCAAGACCAUUUUCUUGACAUGGAAAAAUGUGUCGGUGACGGUGCCGGAUCACAAGGCCGAGGGGAAGCGGCGCCACAUCCUCCGGGGGCUCACCGGCUACGUUGCGCCGGGGGAGGUUGUCGCCGUCAUGGGGCCGUCUGGCAGUGGGAAGUCUACCCUUCUUGAUGCAUUAGCAGGGAGAUUAGAUUCAAACACUAACACUACAGUGACUGGGGACAUCCUCGUUAACGGUCGGAAGGAGCCAUUGGCUUUUGGGACUUCUGCCUAUGUUACCCAAGAUGAUACCCUAAUGUGCACAUUGACGGUAAGAGAAGCAAUGUACUACUCAGCUCAACUCCAACUUCCAGAUUCAAUGUCCAAAAAAGACAAGAAAGAUAGAGCCGAAGCUACCAUAAAAGAUAUGGGGCUACAAGACGCCGUCGACACAAGAAUUGGUGGGUGGGGCGCAAAAGGGAUUAGCGGGGGCGAAAAGAGAAGACUUAGUAUUGGCAUAGAAAUUCUAACAAACCCAAAUCUCUUAUUUCUCGAUGAGCCGACUAGUGGUUUGGACAGUGCCUCUGCUUACCAUGUCAUGAACCAUAUAGUGAAACUUGCGAAGCAUGACAACAUAAGUUUCAUCGCAGCGAUUCACCAACCUAGUAGUGAAGUUUUCGAACUUUUCAACAAUCUAUGCCUUCUAUCCGGGGGGAGAACCGUGUACUUUGGCUCGACUAUGGGAGCAAAUGAGUUUUUUGCUUCAAAUGGCUUUGUCUGCCCGCCGAUGAGGAAUCCAUCCGAUCACUACCUCAGAACAAUUAACAAAGACUUCGAUAUGGAUGUUGAACAAGGAUUUGGGGAUACUAAAGGAAGUUCAUCAGAAGCAACUGAGAUUCUGAUUAAUGCCUAUCAGACCUCUGAAACUUUUCAGCAAGUGCAAUACUAUAUGAAUAUGAUAUCCUGUCAAAAGAAUGAUGGAUCACGGAAGAAGGAGAAGAAGAAGAAGAUAGAGCGAGCAGGAUUCAUAACCCAAUGUCUAGUUCUUACACGGCGAUCAUUUGUGAACAUGACUCGGGAUCUCGGCUACUACUGGUUUCGGUUCGGCAUAUUUUUCCUCUUGAACUUGUCCAUAGGAACACUGUUUUACAACGUUGGUCACACCUACAGUUCCAUCCAAGCAAGAAGUUCAGCACUCACGUUUGUUUCAUCUUUUAUGACAUUAAUGUCUGUUGGAGGCUUCCCUUCUUUCGUAGAAGAUAUGAAAAUAUUUUCGGGUGAAAGACUCAAUGGACAUUACAGCGUGGCUGCAUUCGUCGUAGCAAACACUGUAUCUUCCAUCCCUUAUCUUCUAUUAGUGUCGGCAGUGCCGGCAACAUUGGCUUAUUUCCUAAUGGGCCUCCAAAGAAGCUUUGAUCACUUUGUGUACUUCAUCUUGCUUCUCUUUUUGGCCAUGAUGCUCGUCGAGGGGAUCAUGAUGGUAGUGGCAACCUUUGUGCCAGAUUAUCUUACAGGGGUCAUAACAGGGGCAGGAAUUCUAGGCGUAAUGUUGUUAACCGGGGGCUUCUAUUGCUUGCCUAACGAUAUUCCAAAGCCCAUAUGGAAGUACCCGAUAUACUACAUUUCUUACCUCAAGUAUACAUUCCAAGGAUUCUACAAGAAUGAAUUUCUAGGUUUGACAUUUUCCAAUAUAUCGGGACAAUCUGUCAUCACCGGGGAAGAGAUAGUGAAAAAUAUGUGGCAAAUGGAGACAAGUUACUCCAAGUGGAUUGAUAUGGUUAUCCUUCUUGCGAUGAUUGUUGUGUAUAGGCUCAUGUUUUUGGGGAUUUUAAUGGUUGUUGAGAAGUUGAAGCCCAUGAUCAAGGGUUUUUUGGCAUGGAUAAAAGAUUGAUAUAGAGAACCUUGCUUACAAGAAAAUAGUAAUGGAGGAUUUGUUUGGUUUAAUUUGACUGUGGUUAUGAUUAUUUGGAGGUGUAUAAUACAUACUAGGGAGAUUCCAUAUAUAGCAUGCCCCAACACUUUAUUUGCAUACACUUAUUUAUUCGUUCGGCAACUCUAUUUUAUUGGAGUGUUGUAGGUAUAUAUAUCUUUAAUAUCAAAAUAUCAUUCUUGGCACAACCAUGCCUGAA